AUGGAAUCUGCUGCAAGUUCCAUGGAGCUCAAGGAUAACACGGUUAUCGUGGUCCUUGGUGCUUCUGGAGAUCUCGCAAAGAAGAAGACUUUCCCUGCUCUCUUCGGUCUCUACCGCAAUCAAUUCCUGCCGAAAGAUGUUAAGAUCGUCGGCUAUGCGCGAACGAAGAUGGACCACGAGGAGUACCUCAAGCGAGUCAAAUCAUACAUCAAGACCCCUACCAAAGACAUGGAGAAGCAGCUCGCAGAGUUCUGUGAGCAUUGCAGUUACGUGUCUGGACAAUAUGACCAGGAUGAUUCGUUCUUGAACCUUAACGCCCACCUUGAGAAGCUAGAGGAUGGCCGACGCGAGACCCAUCGUCUAUUCUACAUGGCACUUCCUCCUAGUGUCUUCACAAUCGUCUCCCAGCACCUCAAAAGAUGUUGCUAUCCUUCUAGAGGCAUCGCGCGAGUUAUUGUCGAGAAGCCUUUCGGAAAGGACCUCGCUAGCUCGCGCGAGUUACAAAAGUCGUUGGAACCUGAUUGGAAGGAGGAUGAGCUUUUCCGUAUCGAUCACUACCUCGGAAAAGAAAUGGUGAAGAAUAUCCUGAUUCUUCGUUUUGGUAAUGAGUUCUUUGGUGCUACCUGGAACCGACACCACAUAGACAACGUUCAGAUUACCUUCAAGGAGCCUUUUGGUACUGAGGGUCGUGGCGGAUAUUUCGACGAAUUCGGCAUCAUUCGAGAUGUUAUGCAAAACCAUCUACUUCAGGUCCUGACGCUGCUAGCGAUGGAGCGGCCAAUCUCUUUCUCAGCAGAAGAUAUUCGUGACGAGAAAGUCCGCGUUUUGCGAGGUAUCCCAGCCAUCGAGCCUAAGAACGUCAUUAUCGGCCAAUACGGAAAAUCCCUAGAUGGCAGCAAGCCCUCUUAUAAAGAGGAUGAUACCGUCCCUAAAGAGUCACGCUGCCCGACCUUCUGUGCUCUAGUUGCCUACAUCAAGAACGAGAGGUGGGAUGGUGUGCCGUUCAUCAUGAAGGCUGGCAAGGCUCUAAAUGAGCAAAAGACGGAGAUUCGAAUACAGUUUAAGGACGUUACUAGUGGUAUCUUCAAGGACAUUCCUCGAAACGAACUCGUCAUGCGUAUCCAACCGAACGAGAGUGUUUAUAUCAAGAUGAACUCGAAGCUGCCUGGAUUGAGCAUGCAAACUGUCGUGACGGAACUGGAUUUGACUUAUAGACGACGAUUCUCCGACCUCAAGAUCCCCGAGGCCUACGAAUCGCUGAUCCUAGACGCACUCAAGGGCGACCACUCUAACUUUGUUCGAGACGAUGAGUUGGAUGCUAGCUGGAGGAUCUUCACACCCCUGCUACACUACCUUGAUGACAACAAGGAGAUUAUCCCGAUGGAAUAUCCCUAUGGCUCCCGAGGACCUGCAGUCCUAGAUGAUUUCACGUCAUCUUAUGGGUAUAAAUUUAGCGAUGCUACAGGCUACCAGUGGCCAAUGACUUCGGCAUCACCCCCCAACAAGUUGUAA